AUGCCUAGGAAAAGAAAAUCAGAUGUUCAAAGGGUUGUAAAAGAAUCUCCAGUAAAUGUACCUCCUGCUAUUGAAAAAGAAGACGGAACUUUAUAUAUAGAAGGAUUCAAAUAUAAUAUUAGUAAAAUUUUAAAUGAUAGUUGUUAUGAAAGAAAUGAUCUCUAUAAAGUAGUAAAGGCUAAAGAACUUAACCUAUCUUAUUUUCGUCUAAAUGGAGCUUCAACGCCAAUACUUGUUGAUGGAACUCCUCAAGAAUUGGGAAUGUUAAUGCCAAAUAAAAAUUUUUUAACAAUUGACAAAAUUGUAUCAAUUUGUGGUAAAUCUUUAGAAAUAGAUGUAAUUAAAGUUGGCAAAUUUGAAACCAUUAAAAUGUCAUUAGAAGAAUUUGGAAAAUGUUUUUUAAAACCACCUGAAGAAAGAGAAGUAUUGUUAAAUUCACUAUCUCUGGAAUUUUCAUAUAGUAAAUUAUCUAAACAUGUUAGAGCACCUGCUUUUGUUAAAGAUAUGGAUUGGGUUAUUAGGUAUUGGCCAGAUAUACUAAAAUUAAAUCAACUUAAGUACAUUGAUGAAAAAGGAAUAUCUUUAAAAAGAGCUCCAAAUGUACAUAAUUAUUGUUUAAUAUCAAUGAAACAUUCUUAUACUGAUUUCCAUAUGGACUUUGGUGGAACAUCCGUAUGGUAUCAUAUUUUAACAGGAAAAAAAGUAUUUUGGCUGAUACCUCCUACAAAAGAAAAUAUUAAACUUCAUGAAGAAUUUAUGAAAGGUUGUAAAAGUGCAAAAGAAUUUUUAGGUGAAACCGUAAAAGAUUGUUUUCGUAUUAAUUUGUAUGCUGGGCAAACAUUUCUCAUUCCAUCUGGUUUCAUACACGCUGUGUAUACAGCUGAGGACAGUAUAGUCUUUGGUGGUAAUUAUCUACAUAGUUUAUCUAUUCCACUACAGUUAGAUGUAAAUAGAUCUGAAACUAGGAGUAGAGUUGGUGAAGUUUAUAAAUAUCCAUUUUUUAAUGAAUUACUUUGGUAUACAGUUGCUGGUUUUGUUGAAGAAUCUACAGGACUUGUAUUUGUAAAUCCAACUCUUAAAAAAAGAAGAAAACAAUCUGAGUAUGAUGAAGAUUUUUUUAAAACAACACAAAAAAAAUUUGUAAAAGAUAAUAAAAAUUUAACAACUUGUAUUAAAUUCCUUCUAAGGGAUGAAGAUGUUAUGAAAAAAAUUUUUAAUGGUCAAUAUUUUGUUGUGUCAGAAGAAUGUAGAAGAUUUGACGAGGUACGUAGCGGUAAAACUGAUAACGAUUCAUUUGAUGACGAUGAAAUGUUUGAACAAAUACUCAAAAAAGAUAUUAUUGAUACAUGGUCUGAAUAUGAAAUUAAAGGAUUUAUUGAAUUACAUAAAUAUUUGUUAAAACCUUCAGAUAAAUGUAAAAAAAUACAUGAACCUGUACCGGCAGGAAUAACACGACCAAUAUCAUUGUUAAAAGCAUUUUUUAAGGUUAUUAAUUGUGCGAAAGUUUUAAAGAGUAUGUCAGAAGAGGAAUUAUCAUCUACCGAUAUUGUUAAUAAAAAUGUUGAAGAGUCAUCUUCUGAAGUAUUAGAUAAAAGUGAGAAAUUGGAAACACCAUUGCACGAUGAAGAAGAAUUACCUGAAACUCAGGAAGAGACAAAAGAAGAAGUGGAUAUUGAUGAAAAUAUUUCAGUUAAUGAACCUGAAGCAGAAAUAGAUAAAAAGGAAGAUGACAAUGAAGUUGCUGAUGAAGAAGGAAAUGAACAAAAUGAAAUUGAUUUGAAAUGUAAUGAAGAAGUUAUGAAUUAUGAGGUAAUUGAGGAAACAAAAGAAGAGAUAUUAUUAAUAAAAGACGAAAACAUUGAGUCACAAAUAACAGAAGAUUGCGAAGAAAAAUCUCCAGUUGAUGAGUCAGCUUCAGUAUGCAACAAUACAAAUGAAAUAUCAGAAAAAGAGUCAAUUAUAGAAGAUACAGAUACAAAUCAAGAAUUAGAUAGUCAAAUUAAAAUAGAAAAAGAAGAUUGUUUAGUAGAUGAAAUAGUUAAGAUUGAGAAUACUGAUAACAAUACAAUUUCUGAUAAUGUUGAUCCAAACACUAGUAAUAUUUCAACUGAAAAUAAAGUAUCUAACACUGAAGAAACUUCAUCAUUAGACGAGACUAAAGGGCAUGAUGAAAGUUCAGAUAUUCAUAAAACUGAAGAAAAUAUAUAUAAACCUGAGGAUAAUGUUUUAAAAUUAGGUGGUGAAUCAAGUAGCUCAAUGUAUAGAAGAAGAGUGUCAGAUCAACGUAAAAAAGUAAUUCCAACUGCUUCCAAAACAUUGAAAGAAAAAGUUGAAUGGCAAGGAUUUUCUGGAGUUAAAUGUUCAACAAAAAUUCCACGUAACCCACCUUCAGAAAGUUGCAGUGUACCAGAAAAGAAAAUUAAACUUGAAAGUGAUACUUAUAUUACUGAUUCAUCUGGACUUGUUAAUACUCCAAUAUUAAAUCAUUCUGGUUUUCUGCUUGAACCAAAGUCUAAAUGCAAAGAAAUUCACAAAGUAGACUAUCCAAAAUCUUGUACGAAAACGACUGCUGAUAUUGUUAAUAAGAUGAAUGAAAUACACAAAAUUUUUGAAGCAAAUGUGGAUCAUAAAUCCUAUAUAUAUAUAGAAGAAAAAUGA